AUGGAUCAUGCGACCAUGGAGGCCGGCGGCAAGCAGGGCGCCAUGAGCGCCACCCUGCUGAGCCUUCUCGGAAUGACGACGUCGGAGAAGGGCGCGGCGGUCGCGGACGACAAGCUGGAGUGGCUCCGGUCGCAGCUGAUCGGCAAGGACGUGGAGUUCGACACGCCGUUCGGACGGCGCGCCCUUACGUACGCCGACCAAACGGCGUCCGGCCGGAGCCUGCGCUACAUCGAGGACUACCUCGUGAAGGAGGUCCUGCCCUUCUAUGGCAACACGCAUACCGAGGACAGCCACGUCGGGAGCAAGACGACGCGCCUGGUGCACAAGGCCGCGCGCUACAUCAAGCGCUGCAUGGGCGCCGGCGCCGGCGACGCGCUGCUCUUCUGCGGCGCCGGCACCACGGCCGCCAUCAAGCGCCUGCAGGAGGUCAUCGGCGUCGCGCUGCCGUCCGUCGAGAUGCGCGACCGGCUCUCGGCGCAGCUGCGCAACGAGGAGCGGUGGGUGGUCUUCGUGGGGCCCUACGAGCACCACUCCAACCUGCUAUCCUGGCGGCGUAGCCUGGCGGAGGUGGUGGAGAUCGGCCUCGACGCGGACGGGUUGGUCGACGUCGCCGCGCUCCGCCGCGCGCUCGGGUCGCCGGAGUACGCCGACCGGCCGAUGCUGGGCUCCUUCUCGGCGUGCAGCAACGUGACCGGCAUCAUGACGGACACGAGGGAGAUCGCCCGCGUCCUCCACCAGCGCGGCGCCUUCGCCUGCUUCGACUUCGCUGCCAGUGGGCCCUAUGUGAAGAUUGACAUGAAAUCUGGUGAAAUAGACGGAUACGACGCUGUUUUCCUGAGCCCGCACAAAUUUGUUGGUGGCCCGGGCACGCCGGGCAUCCUUCUGAUGAACAAAUCACUGUACAAACUCACCUCUCAGCCGCCGUCCACGUGCGGCGGAGGCACCGUAGCAUAUGUCAACGGCUUCAACGAGGAUGAUACGUUGUACUACGACGACAUUGAGGAGAGGGAGGACGCGGGCACGCCGCCAAUCGUCCAAAAGAUCCGUGCAUCACUCGCCUUUUGGGUGAAGGAACAUGUUGGCUAUGACACGAUGGGCCUCCGCGAGCGAGUGUACUCAGAGAUGGCCAUGAACAGGCUUGCCAAGAAUCCAAAUGUCAGGGUGCUAGGCAACACAAGGGUGGACCGCCUACCAAUCUUCUCGUUCCUCGUCUACCCUGCGGUAGUGAAACAAUCACUGUUUAACGGGUUUGAUGAGGCUGGUUCUGACGAAAUAGUCACGGAGAAUAUGAGAUCAUCCAAGCAACUUCCCCUUCAUGGCCGUUUUGUCACUAGGCUUCUGAACGAUCUUUUCGGCAUCCAAGCUAGGGGUGGUUGUGCCUGUGCAGGCCCCUAUGGUCACCUCUUGCUCGACGUCGACAAGGAGCUCUCUCUUAGCCUCCGGUCUGCUAUCCUUGAGGGUUACAGUGGACUGAAGCCAGGAUGGACAAGGCUGAGCUUCUCUUACUACCUAUCCAAGGAGGAGUUCAAGUUCAUCCUCUCCGCCGUUGAGUUCAUAGCGGCAUACGGCCACCGCUUCCUCCCGUUGUACAAGUUCGACUGGAUCACCGGCAACUGGACCUUCCGCAAGCAGGCAAUCAAGUACCACAUCAUGAGGGAGGAGCUAUCCCUUGGCGCAGAGCCAUUGAAGCGCCCGAAUCACAAGACAAAUCCUCAUGUUGUAGAUAAACUUGAGAAGCCUCAGGCCGGUAAUCACAAGUUUCAGAGCUACCUGGAAAGUGCAAAUAAAAUUGCGCUUUCCUUGCCCGAUGUCAAUCAGCAGACUCUCAGCAUCCCCAAAGGAGUUCACCCUGAAUUGGUUCUUUUCCACAUAUAA